AUGGAUGAUCAAAAACAGAGAUAUCUUAAUGCAAUCAAUAUCAAUCCAAAUGAUAAAGAUGCACUCUUCCAACUUGCAGCGGCACUUAAUCAUAAUGAUCAAGAAGCAAUCACACUUCUAUCAGGUGAAUCAAUAACGAAAGAGCAACUCUUAUUGAAAGUCAUCCUUCUGGAUCCAAACUUUGCCAAUUCUUAUUUCGGGUUGGCAAUCGUUAUUUCAGAUGAGAAUCGAGAGUCGAUCAUACUCCCAUCAGGUCAAUCAAUGACAGAGCAACAAUUAUACUUGAAGGCAAUAGAGUGUGAUCCAACUUAUACCAGUGCUUAUCAUAACCUUGCACUUACUCUUCCAAGAGGUGCAACAAUUACACUCCCGAAAGGACAAUCAAUGACAAAACAAAAAUUAUUCUUGAAAGCAAUAGAGUGUAAUCCAACCAACUCUAAAUCAUUCUUUAAUCUAGCAUUAAUUCUUAAAAGAGGUGAAUCAAUCAAACUACAUAAUGGACAAAAACUGAACAAGCAACAACUUUGUGUGAAGGCAAUAGAAUACAACCCAACCGAUUCACAUUCAUAUUAUAUCCUUGCAAAUUCACUUUCAGAUGGUGCGACAAUUACGCUACACAAUGGACAAUCGAUGACCAAGAGACAACUAUUAUUGAAAGCUAUAGAGUGUGAUCCGACUAAUUCUAGAUUAUACUUUAGACUUGCAUUAACACUUUCAAAUUACAUAUCAAUCACAUUACACAAUGGAGAAUCAAUGACAAAACAACAAUUAUUGUUUGAAGCAUUCAAAUCUGACCACACACGAUCAUCGGUUUACAAAGAAAUUGGAUUAUCUCUUCUGAACAACAAACAAACUAUUACACUUCCAGAUGGUGAGAAAUUGUCAAGGAGACAACUCCUUCAAAAAGCAAGACAAUUUAGAAUAAAUCUACCAAGAGAAUAA